AUGAUAACGACGUAUAUAACCAGUCUGAAGACGGCGUUUAAUCCUUUCCAAGCCAACUCCAAGGUUCCGCGAUUAUUUUUAAACUUGCUACCCGCCGAAGCUCACAAAUCCAUCAAGAUCUCCGCAAAACAAUUUCCUCGAACCUCAACCGCACCUGCCACCCUGGAGCUUGGCCUGAAAGAUGGCAAGACGCUGAACUACAGCUGGGGCACGGAUGCGAUCAAGUCCACGGCAACCACAGAACAGAAAGUCAAGAGAACCAGUCUGCAAGAUAUCGUGGAGGAAGUGAAUAGACAUGCUAGGGUCCUUGACCGCAAAGCAGAGUUAUCAGGAUAA